CCGGAGGAAGAAGAAUAACGUAAACGUCAGGUUGAACUGGGAGGUGGUGUCCAUCUUAUUUACACCGGGAAGAGUGCUAAAUAUUUGGUUUCUCGGAUUUUUCAGGAGUUAAAAGUUGAAAGCCAGGUCCUCAGAGAUGAGCAGUUCAGAAGAAGUGUCAUGGAUCUCCUGGUUUUGUGGGCUAAGGGGGAAUGAAUUUUUCUGUGAGGUAGAUGAAGACUACAUCCAGGACAAGUUCAACUUGACAGGCCUCAAUGAGCAGGUUCCCCACUAUCGCCAGGCCCUAGACAUGAUCCUGGAUCUUGAACCAGAUGAGGAGCUGGAGGACAAUCCCAAUCAGAGUGACCUGAUUGAGCAGGCAGCUGAGAUGCUGUACGGCCUCAUCCACGCACGCUACAUCCUUACUAACCGAGGCAUCGCACAGAUGUUGGAGAAAUAUCAGCAGGGAGACUUUGGCUAUUGCCCCCGUGUCUAUUGUGAGAAUCAGUCUAUGCUCCCUAUUGGCCUGUCAGACAUCCCUGGAGAGGCCAUGGUGAAGCUGUACUGCCCUAAAUGCAUGGAUGUCUACACACCUAAGUCAUCCAGGCACCACCACACAGAUGGAGCUUAUUUUGGCACUGGCUUCCCCCACAUGCUCUUCAUGGUUCACCCUGAGUACAGGCCCAAGAGGCCCGCCAACCAGUUUGUGCCAAGGCUGUAUGGAUUCAAGAUCCACCCCAUGGCUUACCAGCUGCAGCUGCAAGCCGCCUCCAGCUUCAAGAGCCCGGUUAAGGCCAUCCGCUAGCAUCCAUGACUGAGGAGGGGGAGAAAGAUUUGUUGAGAGAGAGAGAGAGAGAAAGUAGAAAUUUGGGGCGGGGGUCACCUGCAUUUUACAAAGCCUAUCAGAUGCUCCCUCCUCACCCUGAAGACUAUGAUUUUUGGUUUAGGGCAAAUGAAAACAAAGUGUAAAGAUUUGAGUGUGAGUGAGACAUAAAAAUGCACAGCCAUGAUCUUAAUCACACAUACCUAAAAAAUACAUAAAUGCAUCCACAUGUGGGAUUCCAUGCACGUACCUUACUAAACUCAUCAGUGCCAAAAACAGGAGGUGAAGAGAGAAGACACUGAACAAUACAGGAGCUCCAUGUUGCUGCCACUGUGCACUCACAUUACCCUGGUGACAAAAGUAUGUGGUCAUUGGGUGACGUGAAUGGGUUUUUAAGUACAUGCUUUUUAGACAAAAAGCUGAGAAAGGUGCAGUGGCCGAGUCAGUUUUCACCUCUGGCUCUGCGUUGUUCUGCAUUUGGCACGGUUUGGUAAAGGGUGGUGGUUAAUCCUCUUUUCCCCCAUCAGCCCCCACUGCAUGUACACUCAGGCUGGCACUUGCAGGGACAAUUUGGAUGGAGGUGACGUGUGUUUUUCUGUAUCACCUGUCUGUAGGAAUUGGUUUUUCUUUUAUUUUGUUGCCUAAAGUGUUCUGUUAAAUUUCUUAGGAUACAGAGAAAACACCCAGAUUGUUUUUCUUGUUUUAACAUGAUUUACUGAAUUGUUCAGACAGUUGUAAUUAUCCUGUGUCGUUUCUCCACCUGUCUGUGCCAGACAUGUUUCUAUUGGUACCUAACUAAGUGAGAAAAUAAGCCCAUACACCAGCAGCCACAGCUGCAUAUUGUCACCCCCUCCCUUGUAGCUUCACCUUCCUAAAGAGAUAGUUUGGCAUUUUGGGAAACAUGUUUGUUCCCUGUCUGACAGCGGAUCUGUACAAAUUUAUCUUUUACAGAUUAAACAGACAAGAUAUAAUGUGUUAGUAGUGAAUAUGUUGACAGGAGCUAAAGUUGGUCUUCAUAUUUCAUUAAUUUGUGCAAAAUCUGAAGAGUAAAAUGCCAGAGCUGUUUGAGGGAGAGGGUUUGUGCCUGUUGGCAGGAGUCCAAGCCAGGAAUCAGUCCGCCACAGACCCCACCACAUCCAUCCCAUUAUUUUUGUUACUUUGUUUUUUAGCAAUUUUAUACAGAUUAGACCAACAGGAUAUACACCUUUGGAAGCUUUAAUUGGGCUGGUUAUGUGGUUUUUGUUAUCAAGCUAGACUAGCUCCUGUUUCUAGUUUAUUUUUGUUUUGUUUUGUUGCUGGAACAGAUAUGAUUGUGGCAUCAGUUUCCACAUCUAACUCUGUGCUGGAAAGCAAAUCUUUCCCAAAUGUCAAACUAUUCCUGUGAAGAUUGAGGAGGAGAGUCAGAGACAGAGGAAUUUAGACUGAAUCCUUCAGCUCACUCCACCACUGCACUACUGGUGUCUCUGCAGCACAUUCUGAUUAUUUAUGUUCAGGUUUAGGGACAGACCACCAGCCACUAGGUUUUGUUUUUGAUAGAGUAGGGCACAUACUCGGGUGCCCUCCCAUUCACUUCCUCUCCUUUUUUACUUUUUUUUUUAAUUUUUAUUUCCUGAUACAAGUUAAAAAGUAUUUAUGUGUUCAGAUUUUAUCUAAUAUUGUCUGUUGUCUUUCUCCAACUGUGGAAGGGUGAGCAAGCAGGAUUCAAAAUUCUCAAUAAACAUAUAUUUUGUUUUCAUA